GAGGCGUUAUAACAUCCACUAACCCGCCCAACCCGAACUGGUGUAGCAAUGUUUACUGUUAAAGAGCUUUAACCGGAUCAGUUGCUUUAUUUUCAUCAGUGUAGAAAUGCUGUCAUGGAUCGCGGCGCUGUUAACGGGAAUCCUCGCCGCGCGUCUCGCGCAGCGUCUGUGUUUUCCGUACUUCUGGAAAGACGCGCUUUUUUUAACGAAAGUCAUCCGCUACGGAGCGCGCCUGGAAGUCUACAAAAAAACCUCGAAAGUCGUGACAGUUGUAGACAGAUUUAUUCAACAGGCGGAGCGGAUUCCUGAAAACCCCUUUGUGAUUUAUGAAGGAGUGACUGUCACGUAUGGAGAGCUGGAGGCGCGGAGUAACCGCGUCGCGCGCGUCUUUCAGCACGCGGUGAAGAAAGGCGACACGGUUGCGCUCCUCAUGAGCAACGAACCCGACUUCAUCUCGGUCUGGUUCGGCUUCAGUAAACUGGGCUGUGCUGUGGCUUUCCUCAACACCAACAUCAAAUCCAGAUCACUGCUGCACUGCUUUAACUGCUGCGGGGCCAAACUACUGGUGGUGGGCGCAGAUCUGUUGGAUACUCUUGAGGACAUUCUGCCUAGUCUCCAGGAGGACAGAAUCUCAGUGUGGUGUAUGAAGCGUGAGAGUGCUUAUCUUGGAGUCCACACCCUGUUAGAUAAGAUAGAAGAAGCUUCACAGGAGCCGAUCGCAGCCGAGCGCCGGUCUGUAAGCUGUCUCAAGACCCCCACACUGUACAUCUUCACCUCUGGCACCACCGGGUUACCCAAGGCUGCUGUCAUCACUCAUCUACAGUCUCUGAAGGCAGCAGGAGGGUUCUGGGCAUACGGGGGCACAGAAAAUGAUGUCAUCUACACGCCACUUCCUCUGUAUCAUAGUGCUGCCUCUCUGGUAGGCAUUGGAGGGACCAUUGAACUGGGUGCCAAAUGUGUCCUGAAGAAGAAAUUCUCAGCCUCUCAGUUCUGGAAUGACUGUAGGAAACACAACAUCACUAUAUUUCAGUAUAUUGGAGAGCUGUGUCGAUAUCUCUGCAAUCAGCCUGUGGCAGACAAUGAGAAGGAUCACAGGGUGCGUAUGGGUGUUGGGAACGGUUUGCGCCAGGACGUAUGGAGAGAAUUCCAACAGCGCUUUGGACAGAUUCGUAUGUGUGAGAUCUACGGCUCCACUGAAGGAAACCUGUGCUUCAUGAACCACAUUGGCAAGAUCGGAGCCGUCGGCCGCUCCAACUUCUUUUACAAGCUGAUUUUUAAGUAUGUUUUGGUGAAGUAUGACACACUCAGAGACGAGCCCAUGAGAGAUGAGAACGGAUUCUGCCAACAUGUUCAGAAAGGUGAGACGGGGCUGCUCUUGUCGAAGAUCUGCAGUUCGAGUCCAUUCUUCGGAUACGCGGGCAGCAAACAGCUGACGGAGAAGAAGAUCCUGAGAGAUGUGUUUGUGAAAGGAGAUGCUUACUUCAACACUGGAGACCUGAUGGCUGAAGACCAUGACAACUUCAUCUGCUUCAAAGACAGAGUGGGAGACACUUUCAGAUGGAAGGGUGAAAAUGUGGCGACCACUGAGGUGACAGAGAUUCUGGGAAUGGUGGAUUUCAUUCAAGAGGUCAAUGUGUAUGGAGUCCAGGUGCCAGGAAAUGAGGGUCGGGCUGGAAUGGCUGCAGUGAUCGUGGGAGAUAAGUGCACUUUUGAUGGAAAGAAACUGUUCGAAUAUGUCCUGAGAGAACUGCCUUCAUAUGCUCGACCACUCUUCAUUAGACUGCAGGAGUGUAUGGAGAUGACCAGCACGUUCAAGCAGCAGAAGUUUGGUCUGGUGAAGAGUGGCUUCAACCCCUCCAUCAUCACUGAUCCGCUCUUCUUCCUGGAUUACACACAAAACUGCUACAUUCCUCUGACCAGCUGCAUCUAUGACAGUAUACUGAACGGUCAGAAGAAACUCUAGCUCUUCAAACACCACGAGAGAUGACCUGACCAGUCUGAGUGACAUCAGCACUCGUUUGUACUGCUGUAUAUUUGAUCAGUGGCCGGCGUCAAUUAUUCAUCGCUCAUGUCUGUGGGAGAUACACAUUUAGUCAAUGUAUAAUUAAUACAUUUAAAAGAGGGUAAUGAUGAUACGCUUAAGUUUACGUGAUACGUUCUCAAGCCUGCAACCAUGUGAUUUUAGUAGGACAUUGACUUAAUGUGGAUGAAUGUUUGUGAGCUAUGAAGGAAAUUGUGCUUUUAGAUUCAGUGAUGGCAAAGGUUAUGUUUAAAACUCGUAAAUGGCAGACAAUUUUAUUUGUUUUGAAGUGUACUUUAUUACUAAUGAUACUCAUUAGUGUCUGCCUCACUUGUGCUUUAAUGCCAGAACUUCACACAAUGCAACUCGUAGUCAAACAUCAACAUUCUAUCAUUAUUUACUCAUCAUUUCUUCCAAAUCUGAAGACGACGUCAGGCAAAAUGUCAUUGCCGUCAUUCUGCCUCACAUCUCUUGUUGUGUUCCACGGUAGAAAGAUAUAGGAGUUAUUCAGGUUUGCAACAACACAAGAGUGAGUCAAUCACAGACUUUUCAAUGAUCCCUUUAAUGACUCCAUAAGAGUCAUGAGCAAUUUUCAUCUUUACAGGCUGUGUGUGAAAAAUGGAAUUCAAAAGUAAACUCUGGAUACAUAACAUCAUGACGUCUUCCUACUGCUCAUUUUUGAAGCCCAUCAGUUAUCUGUUGUGAAUGAUGUCAAUGAAUGUUUUAAUGUGAAUAUUGUAAUUAUGUGUAAGACAUACACAGCUGCACUUUGAAUAAUUCAAAUGCACAGACUGAAUCUGACUGUUUUAUUGUACAGUAUGUCUGCUCGUUCUCUGGUUGAGAAGUGAAGUUACUUUAGUCCUGAAUAUCAUACAUCAUUAUUUACCAUUGUUUAAAAUUUUGGUUGAUUUAUUGCUAUUAUUGUGAUGUAGUUUUGUUAAUAUGUGGCACUUGAAAAUUUUGAGAUUCACUGUGAAUUGUAUUUGGGUAAAAAAAUACAAUAUAAUACAUUUUCUUCACUCAUUGAAUUGAAGCUAAUAUGCUAUGAUGUCAAUCAGUUUAAUGAACUUAAUUAUGUAAUAAUAAAUGCCGGUUUAGUUCAUGUGUAUUCAAGUUUGCAUUGUUCAUUUUGUGGUGUGUGUGGUGAAAAAGCCCUUUAUAUAAUGUAAGAAAGAUGGAAACUCAGUCAGGUGCUUUUGCUCACAUUUAUAUGGCAUUACAAAAAUGACUGCCUAUAUGACGUAAUGUCUGUUAACUCUACAACACACUUUAUUAGGCUAAGGUGAUGAUUUGUCAUAUUUUGUCAUCUCUAGCUGUAUUAUAAUGAUGAUAAUGCGGAUGAAAGCCAUAUCAGGACUACAGAAUGUUGAUGGCUGUAACUGACUUGAUGACAGUUUCACUUCAUAAUAAAAUGUCCAAUUAACAUUGCAUCAUUUUGGAUUUACU